AACCGAUUUAGAUUUUCAUUUUCAGAAAGUAAAAAAACUUACGAAAUGACUAAUCAAACUGUAUUAGAAAUUGCUGCAACGAGCAAACGUGCCUUUAAAUGCUCUCACUCUGUAUUGUUAUUUACGGGUUCCUCUUAUCUCGAUUUGAAUAAUUUUAGAGUGAUUGCCUUCGUUAAUCUCAAUUCUGAUGAGUUUCCUGCUAAUAUUGGAUACGAUUUUUGUGCACUGGAUUCACGUACUUCGGAUCUUGUACCCAUUAUAGUUGGUGCUUGCCUUGCAAUACUUGUGAUUAUUGUUCUUAUUGCAUAUUUGAUCGGGCGUGCUCGAGCGAAGCGACAAGGAUAUUCAUCAGUUUAA